UUGGUGCGCCAAGAACUCUGCGAUGGGCUGGCAGGAGUCCAUUGGGCUGGGCAGGCAGGUCUGUGACAAGCAGGGGACAAGGCAACGAUCCCGCGACUCAACCCCGGCGGACCGACGCUGGCGACUCAGUCAUGGACAGUAGCUGCCUCAACGCGACCACCAAAAUGCUAGCGACUGCUCCAGCUCGGGGCAACGUGAUGAGCACAUCCAAACCCUUGGCUUUCUCCAUCGAACGAAUCAUGGCGCGCACCCCUGAGCCUAAGGCCCUGCCGGUCCCCCACUUCCUGCAGGGAGCCGUGCCCAAAGGGGACCCCAAGCACUCUCUGCAUCUCAACUCGUCGAUCCCCUGCAUGAUCCCUUUCGUCCCCGUGGCGUACGACACGAACUCCAAAGCGGGAGUGAAUGGCUCAGAGCCCCGCAAGGCGAGUUUGGAGGUUCCGGCGCCGCCCGCGGUGGCGCCCUCUGCGCCGGCGUUCAGCUGCAGCGACCUGCUCAACUGCGCGCUAAGUCUCAAGGGCGACCUGGCCCGCGACGCAUUGCCACUACAGCAGUACAAGCUGCCCAAAACAUAUUUAGCCGAAAGGAAUAAACUGGUUGUACCGGCGGUGGAGAAACUCCCUUCGGGAGUAGCUUUCAAAGACCUGUCCCAGGCUCAGCUGCAGCAUUACAUGAAAGAAAGCGCCCAACUUUUGUCGGAAAAAAUCGCUUUCAAAACCUCGGAUUUCAGCCGCGGCUCUCCUAAUGCCAAACCCAAAGUUUUCACUUGUGAAGUCUGCGGCAAGGUCUUUAAUGCGCACUAUAACUUAACCCGUCACAUGCCGGUACACACAGGAGCCAGACCCUUCGUGUGUAAAGUGUGUGGGAAAGGUUUCCGGCAAGCUAGCACCCUUUGCCGGCAUAAGAUCAUUCACACACAGGAAAAACCUCACAAAUGCAACCAGUGCGGUAAAGCGUUUAACAGAAGUUCCACGUUAAACACACAUACCCGAAUUCACGCGGGCUACAAACCAUUCGUGUGUGAAUUCUGCGGCAAAGGAUUUCAUCAAAAAGGGAAUUACAAAAAUCACAAGUUGACCCACAGCGGGGAGAAACAGUUCAAGUGCAAUAUCUGCAACAAGGCUUUCCACCAGGUGUACAACCUCACCUUCCACAUGCACACUCACAACGACAAGAAGCCUUUCACCUGCCCCACGUGUGGCAAGGGCUUUUGUAGGAACUUUGACCUCAAGAAGCACGUCCGCAAGCUACACGACAGCAGCCUGGGGCUCACCCGCACUCCUACUGGGGAGCCAAGCAGCGAUCCCCCGCCCCAGCUGCAACAGCCGCCGCCUGCGCCUCUGCCGCCACUGCAGCCUACAUUGCCGCCUCCCGGGCCUCUGCCAUCCGGGCUUCACCAAGGCCACCAGUGAUGGAGGCCAAAGAUCUCCCUAACCCCAACCAGAGGGCCCUCACUGCAGAGGUCCGCAGACUAGAGCGGACCUCUUGGUCCAAGCUCGCCUGCAAAACCUGGGGCACGUUGGGUCCCCGCACUUUCGGGAGGACCGGAUGCCUCUACAUCCCUUGGCCUUUCCGCCUCUUGCAUGCACCUGCUAAAUGGUUUUGUGUAUUAUAUUCUACAUAGGCACUAACAAUUAUGAUAUACUUGGAUGGGCUUAUUUCAAUUUCUUUUGAGUUGAAAAGACUUUUCAUCUCGGGUGGAGAGAUGGUGUUUGUUUUGUUUUGUUUUUAAACAAAUAUCUGCUGUAUUUAUUGAGAUCUGUAUUAUUCUACCCGGGAAUGCUGCAUCAUUUUAAUUUUAUUAUUGUAAAUAUUUCCAUUGUGUCGUUUCUGCCGUCUCAAAAUGCUUGCUGAUCGUUUAUAAUUUUCUCCUUCCCCGAAGCAACAAAACACGGUGUGUAUGUUCUAUAUACACACAGAAGUGUGUGCGUGCCUGUGAAGGUGCGGUCAACGUGAGCACAUACAUAAUACACACAUACGCAUUAGAUAAGAGUGGUUCAUUAUGAAUGAAUUUGAAUUUUGGUUUUGAUUCUUGCACGUUGAAGUUGAUUCAUUGACUGUUGGAAAUAAAAACUUGGAACAUGCUUAUUUAAUC